UCAAGGCAACCGUGUCGCUUCGUCUUCGUCCUCCGCCCGUUUGCUUCUUUUCGCGGCGUUUCUUCGGUGGAGCCGCUGCAGCUUCGCCUCACGGAGUCACUUUGGUCCCGAUAAAGAGGAAGAGAAUGGAUUCCAGUUUAGCUGGAAGGCCGGAGAGAGUGGGACCAGUGGAGGUGGGGGACAUAAAGAAGGACCUGCUGGCUGAGUUUUCUGCCAUGCCAACACAGGACGACGCUCAGGAGCAGUCGGAGAACCUGCAGGUUUACCUGAGGGUUCGACCCUUUACUGCAGCCGAGAGCGGCAGCGGAGAGGCACAGGACUGUGUGACCAUCGAGGGGCCGGACACUGUGAUCCUCAAGCCUCCCAGGAGCUGCCAGUCAAACCGACAGAGCGACAAGUCCCUCCCACAAACGGCCCAGAGGUUCACCUUCACGCAGGUGUUCGGUCCGGAGGCGAGUCAGAGGAAGGUGUUCGAGGGCUCCGUUCGGGGUUUGGUCCGAGACGUUCUGCAGGGAGGAAACUGUCUGGUUUUCACGUACGGAGUCACCAACGCCGGGAAGACCUUCACCUUCCUCGGUCCGGACCACGACUCGGGUCUGCUGCCCAGGUCCCUGUCGGUCAUCUUCAACAGCAUCGAAGGCCGCCUGUACGGCCGCUGCGACCUGAAGCCUCAGCGCUGCCGAGACUUCAGCAGACUGACUCCAGACCAGCAGGCGACCGAGAGCAGCAGCAAGAGGAACCUGCUGAGGAUGCUAAAGGAGAGCGACAGAAGCGCGACAACUGGAAGGUCGGCGUUCCUCGAAGGCUCGUCUCUGAGCAGUGACAGCAGUGUGAACAGCGUCUCAGAGGCCGACAGCUUCUGUUUGGACGUCGACUCAAACGUCCGUUUCUCCGUCUGGGUUUCCUUCUGUGAGAUUUACAACGAGAACAUCCACGACCUGCUCGAACAGGUUCCCGGCGGCCAGCAGAGGAGGACGGUCCUGCGUCUGUCUCAGGACGUGAAAGGAAACUCGUUCAUCAAAGACCUGCGUUGGGUCCAGGUGAGCAGUUCGGAGGAGGCGUACAGAGUGAUGAAGAUCGGGAAGAGGAACCAGAGUUUCUCCUCCACCCGCCUGAACCAGCUGUCCAGCAGGAGCCACAGCAUCUUCUCCAUCAGGAUCCUGCGCGUGGAUGACGUCGGCGUUCCCAGAGUCCUCGGCAUCAGCGAACUCGCGCUGUGCGACCUGGCCGGGUCGGAGAGGUGCUCGCGGACGCACAACACCGGCGAGAGGCUGAAGGAGGCAGGGAACAUCAACAGCUCGCUGCUCACGCUUGGAAAGUGCAUCCACGCCAUGAGGCUCAACCAGAACGCCAAGUUUCAGCACCACAUUCCCUUCAGGGAGUCCAAGCUCACACACUUCCUGCAGUUCUUCUUCUGUGGUGCCGGGCGGGUCUCCAUGGUGGUCAACAUCAACCAGAACUCGUCGUGCUUCGACGAGACGCUCAACGUGCUCAAGUUCUCGGCGCUGGCUCAGAAGGUGGUGGUGCUGAACUCGAGGCCGACGGUCCCCGACGGUCCUGGCUCCUCCCAGAGGUCGGCCAUGGAGCUGUCGCUGAUCAUCGACGAGGCAGACUGCCGCAGAAACGUGGCAGGGAGGGGCAGAAAGAGCUCGCUGCUCGCCUGGGAGACGAGCCUGGAGGACGUGCUGGAGGACGAAGAUGGCGAAGAGGGUGAGGAAGAUGGGGAGGAGGAGAGCAUGAUGGAGGGAACGGUCCUGGAGGCAGGAGGCGAGAAUGAGGAGGAGUGGGACGUGACGAUGGAGGAGGACGAGAAGCAGGAGGGCAGGGAGGCGGCGCUGCGUCUCGUUCUCGAGGCUCAGGUCAGAGAAGAAGUCAGCGCUGAGUUCAUGGAGCUCUUUAAAAAGAUGGAGAAGGACUACAGCGACCGCCUGGAGAAGGAGCGGGAGAUCCUGGAGGAGCGGGCGGAGAAGAGGGUGGAGAUCCUGAAGAACCUCGUCAGUAAGACGGUCGACCUGUCUGCUCUUAGCACGGACAGCAACAAGGAGGAGCAGGUGGUGCUGCUGGAGGGAAUCAUCAGCUCCAUGAGUCAAGACCUGGAGAAGAUCAGAGAGGACGCUCAGAGUGUCCACCGCUGUCUGACCGAGCACACACACAGCACAGAGCUGGAGGCGCUGCGACUGGAUAGCCAGCAGUCACGUGACCAACUGCAAGAAGCCGAGAAGCGUCUGGAGCAGCAGCAGCAGGAGGUGUCGAAACUGAUGGAGUUGUGUCGGCAGAAGGACGGCGCCCUUUCCAGGCUCCGGGCAGCCAUGGACCAUGCCGUGGAGGACGCCACCCGAGACAAGCAGCUGGUGGAGUCAAUACGGUCGCAGCUGCUGGAGCUUCAGCAGACCUGCAGCUGCACGAGGAGAGGACAGGAGGAGGAGGGGAGCAGGAAACAUCAGCCUGACUCUGUGGAGGAUGAGAAGCAGCGAGGAGCAAACAGGAGAGUGGUCCUGGAGGAGGAGAUCUGGAGGCUGCAGGAGGAAAAUGACAGAAAGAACGAGGCCAUCGUGGAGCUCAGAGGGAGGGAGGAGGAGCUGCAGCAAGAGAAGGCGAGGCUGGAGGAGGAGCUGAGGAGCCGGGUGGCGGAGGUGGAGGGGCUGAAAAAGGAGCAGGUGCUGCUGGAGGAGCAGCUGCUGGCGCUCAAAAACCUGGACGAGUGUCCAAACUGUGACACUGUGUUGGUGUCUCUGGAGGCGGAGCAGAGGGAGGCGUCCAGACUGCAGAAGGAGAACAAAGCUCUGGUGAACGGGAUCUUCCAGCUGCAGACGGAGGUGACCAGCCUGCAGGUGCAGCUCAAACAGCAGACUGACAGAUCCGACAGCCUAUCAGAGCAGUUCAAAGCCACAAAGACCCGCCUCCACGACCUGGAGCACCAGUCAGAGGAGAAGAACAACUCCAUCAGCAGUCUGACACAGGAACUGGAGCGCCUUCGACAGGAAGUGAAGGAGGAGGAGGGGCAGAGCAGCAGCGUUUUCCACGCCGCCAUGGAGGAGCUGAAGAAGGAGAGCGAGGCGGCGCUCCAGCGCUCUGCUCAGAAAUCCCAACAGAUCGAAGAGCUGCAGACAGACAAGCGGCGGCUGGAGGCGGAGCUUACGCUCAGUGAGAACAGGUGCGCUGAGCUCAGAGAGGAGCUGGCCAAUCAGAGAGCAGAAUUCUCCCACCAGCUGGAGAGCCUGAGGGCGGAGCUCGAUUCAGAAGGCGACGCCCUACAAGCAGCAUUUCAGGACAGCGAGGAGAGGAGGAGGCAGCGGGAGAUGGAGGUGGGAGAGCUGCAGCGAGUCUUGGAUGAGAAGGAGAAAGGUCUGGAAGAAAGCCGCCAACAGGUGGAGACGCUCAGUCGAGAGCUGCAGAGGAGGGAGGAGGAGGAGACGCUGCCUCUGGUGGAAGAGCUGAAGAAGGAGAUCCAGAAACUGCAGGAGAGGAGACAGGAGGAGGAGGAUGGGGGGGGCAAGAGGAUGAAGAGUGGGGAGUGUGAGGCAGUGAUGAAGCAGAGAGACACUCAGGACCUUCGAGACUCUCCUCUUAGGUCCAACAUGGCCGCCAGGAAGAAAACUCCCAGAACCAUGGGGAGGAAGAGGAAGAGCUGCGAGCUGGAGGUUUUGGUGCACAGUGAAAACAAGAGGAACAAACCGAGGGGAAACGCCCGUUGCGUUCAGGAGAGAGGAUGCGCUCUGCAGAAGAUUGAAGAGGCGAUCCACACCUCACCGUGCGUCCUGGGCAGCAAAGGCUCGUCAGGCCCUGCGGCUCCAGAGCGAACUCACCGUCCCGUCCUCUCUGCAGAUAAAAACAUAAGCUCGGUGGAGAAGGAGGCGGUAACCGUGGCAACCAAACCCCGGCGAGGCCGCAGGAAGCUUUACAAUAUGGACCCGUGGGCGCCGAUGGUGGACUCGCCACACACGACGCCCGGAGCAGCGGCGGAGGAUCGGGAGAGCGACCACAGCAUCAUGAAGAGGAAGCUACGCUCUCAAACCUGCAGGAAGUGACAUCAUGAUCGAUCUUUAAUGUGCGGCGUUCUUCGUCUGUCAUCAGUUUGUUGGUUUGUUUGUUUUUAAUGUUUGGACCUUUAAAAAAAAACAGAAACCCACCAGUUCACCUUUGUGAGGCUUUAAAUUUAAGGUGGAAUUGUUUAAGGUGGAUCUCUGUGACUGCUGUGAUGUAAAUAAAGGUGAGCUGAAUCAUG